AUGGCGGAGACGGGAAGGUCUCAGCUGAUUCAAAAUCUGACUUUGAGUGCCGGCACAGCCUUGAAGGUGGUUUCUUUGUCGCCCACUUUCCAGCACGUCACCUGGAUUCGACAGAACAUCCGCAAGAAGGAGUGUUGGUUCUUUGAGAAAGGUGCCAGAGAGGAUGUGUGCGUGUGCGGCUAUUCCAAGAGCGAGCACGUCGCCGACGCCGUCCGGACGGAGGACUCGAGCGGCGGGACCUGGGACCCGAACACGCACGUCCGUGAAGUACCAACGGAUGCUUUCGGGGAGAUCGACUUUGGUGGUUUGCGGCAGACGACUACCAAGUAUGCCCGAGUGUCCACAGACACCAGUCCUGAGAUGCUGUACCAAUUGAUGACAGAACAAUGGAAAGUGCCUCCACCCAACCUUCUCAUCUCUGUCACUGGAGGAGCCAAGAACUUCUACCUGAAGACCCGUCUCAAGAACGUCUUCCAAAGAGGUCUCAUCAAAGUGGCCCAAACAACAGGUGCAUGGAUCAUCACGGGGGGAACCAACACUGGCGUCAUGAAGCAUGUAGGGCAGGCGGUGAGGGAUUACUCCCUGAGCAGCUCCAUGCAGGGCCAGAUCGUGACCAUUGGACUGGCAACAUGGGGAGUCAUUCACAACAAAGAAGUGCUGGUGCAUUCGCAGGGUUGUUUCCCCGCUCAUUACCCGAUGGACGUCAAGGGUCGACUGCCCUGCCUUGACAACAACCACACCCACUUCCUGUUGGUAGACGACGGCACUCACGGCCGGUACGGUGUCGAGAUUGAUCUGAGGAGUCGUCUGGAGAAGUGCAUCUCCGGAAAGACUCUUGGAAACAAAGCUGUUGGAGUGACCAUCCCUGUGGUGUGUGUGGUUCUGGACGGAGGAGCAGGCACUCUCAAUACCAUCUACACGGCCAUGCUCAACGACACGCCGUGCGUGCUGUUGGAGGGCUCCGGGAGAAUGGCCGACGUGAUCGCCCAUGCAGCGGGACUACCCGUAAGCCAGGUCACCAUCGGUCUCAUCCACCGCCUGCUCAAGAAGUUCCUCAGCCUGGAGUACGACAACUUCACCGACCUCAAGAUAAUCGAGUGGACCAAAAAGAUUCAGGACAUCAUCAGGAUGUCUCACCUGCUGACGGUGUUCAGAGGAGGCGGAGACAGUCACGGAGAUGUAGAUGUGGCCAUUCUACAAGCACUCUUUAAAGCUUCGAGGGCCAGCUCAUCACAGGUAAUGGAGGGUUGGCGGAGGCAGCUGGAGCUGGCUAUAGUCUGGAACAGAGUGGACAUAGCCGCCACGGAGAUCUUCACCGACGAGAGCCAGUGGAAGUCCAGUGACCUUCACUGGGCCAUGUUCUCAGCCCUGGCCAGCAACAAGCCUCAGUUUGUGAGCCUCCUGCUGGAGAACGGCGUGAAUCUCAGGGAGUUCCUGCAGAGCGAAGACACUCUGUGCGAGCUCUACAAGCAGCUACCCAACUGCUUCUUCCUGCGCAAGCUGGCCAAGCGCGUCCGCGCUUCCUGUUUCCGGAGGAGGAAAGUGUUCGCCGUCAGGAACCGGGUGCGCUCGGCGCAAAGCGAGGGCAUCGCCUUGAGUCACGUGUCGGAAGAAGUGCGCCACCUAUUAGGUAGCUUCACCCAGCCCAUCUACCCGCCGCCCACCAUGACGUACCACUUCAAUAUGGAGGACGCAGCAUCGUUGUCGAGGAGUAUGUCAAGUUCACAAGCUCCUCUCAGGGUGCACCUCGCCGAGGCCCAGAGAGACCCAGCCAGAGACCUUUUUCUUUGGGCCGUUGUCCAGAAAAAUAGGGAGCUGUCUGAAAUCUCCUGGGAACAGUGUACAGACUGCGUGUCCGCCGCUCUGGCCGCCUGCAAGAUCCUGAGGAAGAUGGCCCAGGAGGGAAGCGAUGCGGACGAGGCCGCGGACAUGCGAGAGCUGGCCGAUCACUUUGAGAUGCGCGCCAUCGGCGUUUUCACCCAGUGUUACAGCGGUGGAGAGGAGCGGGCUAAGAAGCUGCUGGUUCGCGUGUCGCCAUUUUGGGGGAAGACCACGUGCCUGAGGCUAGCGCUGGAGGCUAACUGUAAAAGCUUUGUGGCCCUGUCAGGUGUCCAGGCCCUGCUGACAGAGAUCUGGUGUGGUGAGCUUUCAGUGGACAAUCCUGUGUGGAGGGUGACAAUCUGCAUGAUCUUCUUCCCUCUUAUCUACACUUGGUUCCUGAUUUACAGACCCGACGAGCUGAUCCAGAAGCAAAAUGAGAAAAAGGAAGAUAUCAAGACCGUGGCGAGCGUUACGGGAAGUGUGCUCCGAACUAAAGCUAAAAGCCCUGACCUCACAACCAUGAAGUCUCUCAACUGCUGGUCCAGACUGGCCUGCCUGUACAGCUCGCCGCAAGUCAAGUUCUACUGGAAUAUUGUGUCCUACUUCGCCUUCCUCUUCCUCUUUGCAGUGGUGCUGAUGAUGGACUUCCAGACCACACCCUCCCCCGCAGAGAUUCUGCUGUAUGUGUGGCUCUUCUCUGUGGUGAGCGAGGAAGUCCGGCAGUUGUUUUAUGACCCCGAUGGCUUUGGGUUCCAUAAGAAAGCCAGGAUGUAUAUUAGAGAGCUUUGGAAUAUUUUGGAUGUUCUAUCCAUCAUCCUCUUCAUCAUAGGCCUCGUUUUUAGGCUAACGACCAAGCUGUUCUACGCUGGCAAGAUCAUCCUCUGCAUCGACUUUGUGGUCUUCUGCUUGCGUCUCAUGGCCAUCUUCAGCAUCAGUCGGACGCUUGGACCUAAAAUCAUCAUCGUCAGGAGGAUGAUGAGGGACAUGUUCUUCUUCAUGUUCCUGCUGAGUAUCUGGGUGGUGGCGUACGGCGUAGCCAAGCAGGGCAUCCUGAUCCACAAUGACGACAGACUGGAGUGGAUUUUCCGGGGGGCCGUGUACGAGCCCUACCUCAUCAUAUUCGGCAACGUCCCCACCAACGUUGAUUAUUCAGAAUUUGACUUGAACUCCUGUACCAUGAACGGUGCGGACCCCUUAAAGCCCAAAUGUCCCGUGCUGAAUGAGAACCGAACCCCGGCCUUCCCCGAGUGGCUCACCAUCAUCAUGCUGUGCGUUUACCUCCUCUUUGCCAACAUACUGCUGCUCAACCUGCUGAUCGCCAUCUUCAACUUCACGUUCGAGGAAGUGCAGGACAACUCGGACCGUAUAUGGAAGUUCCAAAGAUACGAGCUCAUUAAGGAGUACCACAGCCGUCCCGCCGCCCCUCCUCCCUUCAUCAUCCUCAGCCACCUUUACAUCUUCAUCAGGAAUGUGGUGCUUUGCAGGCCGCCGGUUAAAUCACAAAAGUUCAGGACUGAGCUUCCUCACAUUGAAGAAGAGGAGCUGCUGUCGUGGGAGGCCCUGAUGAAAGACAGAUACCUGCUGUCCACCCAGCAGCAGCAGACUCAGACCAUGGAGCGAUGCAUCGUGGACACGGCGCAAAAGGUCAGCGCGAUAACCGAUAGACUGGAGCGGGAGGAGGAGAUGAGCUCUGCCAUCUUGAUGAAACGUCUGUCCCGACUGGAGGAGCAGGUUGUCCAGUCGGCCAAAGGCCUGCAGUGGAUCAUGGAGAGUCUGAAGUCAAAGGGUCUUGCCGGGAAACAAGAGCAACCACUCAGUCUGCUACCAAUUUCGAUACUUUCAACAGCGAAGGACUCUUCAGAAACCUCGGAAUCAGUGACUGGGGCGGACGGCUUCCACGUCAAAGCCCGACAGUUACACUACCCAAACAGCAAGGUCACUCGCUUCCCUGUACCCGAGGAGAAGGUGCCAUGGGAGGUCAGCUUCAGCUCAUACAUGCCUUCAUAUUAUAGAUCAGAGGACAAUGUGGAUGGAUCAGACUCCGAAGUUUUGGAAAAUUACAGAAACCCUGGAGGGAGGACCGGUAUCAGAGGUCAAGGUUCACUCAGUCAUCUGGGUCCAAAUCUGCACGUAGACCUUGUGAUUACACGCCUGCGGGACAAUGGGCGCUCAGUUUUGGAGUUUCUGGCAGUUGAAGACGACCAACAAAAGAUGUUGGUUCUACCUGGGGGACCGGUUGAAUCUGCUGAACGUCUGCCAUUGGCUCUAAUGAGAACCAUGGGCAAGAGUCUGUAUGAAAAAUUGCAUGAAAAAAUGGCAGAGGGAAUACUGGUGUUUGAAGGUUACGUGGACGACGUCAGGAACACAGACAACGCCUGGGUGGAAACCACAGUCAUCAACCUUCACUUGGAUUCACGUGAGGAUCCGGAAGAUAUCGCCAACAUGGUGGCGUGCAGUCGCGGCUCUCUGCAGUGGCGGGAGGCGAGCUGCAAAAAUGGCCUUUGCUCCGACCAAAGCGACUCGUUGCGGCGGGUCGCCAUGCUGCAUAACAGGAACUCGUAACACUCACGCAGCUAUCGCUGCGUCUUACCAAAUCAAUACACGCUGCUCAAGUGUCAAGCAACCUCAGUGAAAGCAUGCACAAUGUUUCAGGUGUUCAUUGUUACCGCUGUAUGCUGCUUUUAUUGGUGAAUGCUCACAGCUAACUCCAGAACAUGCAUCUUUCCAUAAUCCAUGGACAGACGUCCGACAAUUUAUCAUUAUAUUGGACAAUAAUAAGCCACAUUUAUACUUAUUGUCUUUUCCUUGUACAAUACAGUACAAGGAAAAGACAAUAAUGCCCAUAUGAACCUCUGCAAAGGCUACUUGAAUGCGCACUUCUGUGUGACAAUGUAGUAAAUAUGUUCCUGCUGCAAUUUUAUUGGAAUGUGGGAUUUAUUGAGAGUUUAUUAUUUUUGUUAAUUUAAAUGAAUGAAUAAAUAAAGGCUUUUUGCUGCAC